UUGACAAUGGCCGAUAACUCGACAGAACCAAGCAACAAACUCACCACCAGUCCCAACGCCCCUAGCCUAGCCCGCUAAACCCAGAAUCAUGUCUGCCCCAGACCGGCUCACGUUCAUCGGCGGCGGGCACCUCGCCCAAGCCGUGCUCAGCGGCAUCUACUCGUCCGGGACGGCGUGGAAGGACAGCUGCGCCGUGGCCGUCACGGCCCGGCGGCCAGAGCACGCGGCGCAGCUGCGGCGGCGCUACCCCCUCGCCCUCGCGACCACCGACAACCUGCACCCGCGCAUCUGGGCGGCCGACGACCGCGGCGCCGACCCCGACCACCACCACCACCACGUCGUCUUCAUCUGCACCCGCCCGGCCGAGGUGCCGCAGGUGUGCCGCGAGAUUGCCGGCGCGCUGGCGGCGCUGCGGGCUGCCGCGCGCCCCACCGUCGUCACCAUGUGUCCCGGCGUCUCGGUCGCGCAGCUGCUGUCCUGGCUGCCCCGCGGCACGCCCGUCGUGCGCUCCAUGCCCAACCUGCCCGUCACGCGCCGCCAGGGCGCCACGGCCCUCUUCCCCAGCGCCGACGCCGUGGGCGGCAGCGUCGAGCUCGUCGCCGCCGUGCUCGGGCUGGUCUCGCCGGCCGUGAGCGUGCUGCCGGAGGAGUCGCUGCUUGACGUGGCAGCGUCCGUCUCUGGGUCGGCCCCUGCCUACUUCUACUACUUGAUCGAAUCCCUCGUCUCGGCAGCAGAGGCGCGUGGCAUGAGCGCCGAGACCGCCAGGAGCUUGGUGGUGCAGUCCUGUCUGGGCUCUGGCGUGCUUGCGAGGGAUAGCGAUAAGCCUGUGCGGGUCUUGCGGGAGGAGGUCUGCGUGCCGGGCGGUAGCACAGAGAAGGCCGUGGCCCACCUGAUGGACAAGGGCCUGCCUGACAUUGUCCUGGGGGCUGUGGACAGGAGUCUGAAGGCGAAUAGAGAGAUGGGGUGUGUUCGAGAUGAGCAAGUUUAA